AUGGGUGGAGGUGAUUUGAAUAUGAAAAAGUCAUGGCACCCCGUGCUCCUAGUCAAUCAGGAACGCGUGUGGAAAGCCGAAAAGGCCGUGAAUGAAGAAAAGAAGAAAGUCUCUCAAUUGCGUAAAGAGAGGGAAGAAGAAAGACAAUUGGCCGAGUUGCAACGUAUGCAAGAGGCUUCCACGGGGCGUAAAAGAGUAGAAAGAUUGGACUGGAUGUAUGCUGCUCCUGGGAAUGAAGGUGGAGCGUUGGGAGGAGCGAGAUUAGGAGAGAAAGAGAUGGAAGAUUAUUUGUUAGGUAAGAAAAGGGUGGAUGAGGUGUUGGCGCAAAGUGAUAAGAAUGUCGGGAACCUCCAUAAAGACUUCAUAGCUAUACAAAGCGCCAACACCGCUCGAGACACCGCUGCCAAAAUCCGUGAAGACCCUCUACUCGCUAUCAAACGUCAGGAAAUCGCCAGCAUUGAAGCGCUCAAAAACCGACCGGAAGUGAGGAAGAAAUUACGUGAGAUGCAAAAGGCGAAAGAGAUGGACGAACGAGGUGAAACCAAGGAAGAGCGCAAAGAUCGACGUCGAGCGGAGAAAGAAGAACGUAGGGCGAAACGAGAUGAAAAGGGUAAAUCUCGGGACAGAGAUGAUGACAGACAUCGUCGUAGGCAUUCUGACGAUCGAUAUCGAGAUAGAUCAAGAGAGAGAAGUUAUGACCGUGAUCGAUCUCCUAGACGGAGUCGGGAUGACCGAGAUAGGUAUAGGGAUGAUGAUUCAAAACGACGGAACGAUAGAUCGGAAAGUCGUGGCCAUCAUCACGAACAUAGAAAUGGUCAUACAGAAAAAGCCGAGAUUAAACCCCAUCCUUCUCGUCCCUCAGCUAUGGAUCUUGCCGAUCGACCGACAUCAUCUCGUUACUCCCCUCCCACAACGUCGCACGUCAAUGGGUCUGGAAGUGGAGGUGCAAAUGGGAAUGGACAGGGGAAGAAUAAGUUGGACGAGAUGCGUGCUGCUCGACUCGCGGCCAUGUCACAAUCGGCGGAUCAACUAUAUUCUUCUCGUACUCAAGUACUCAGUCAGAGAGCGGAACAAGAGAAACGCGAAGCGGAAAGGGAAGAACGAUUGAGAAGCAAGUAUGGGCAAGAAGAUGUCAGAGGUGGGUUCUUCAAGGAGAGGUCGAAUAUGAAUCUGUCCGAGGCGCUUGGGAGACGUGCGGGGAAGGGAUUGGUCAGUUUGGAUUGA